CAAGGGUAUCGAAACAACGUGGUAUAAGAAAAAUCCAACUUCUUUCACAUCAAAAUCAGCUGUGAACAUCAGUAUGGCCGCUCAAAUAAGUGAAAAAUAAAUUUUGUUUUUGAUAAAUCAUACAAAAAAAUAGGAAAGUGCAGUUUUCGUACUUACAUCGUACAAACGUGAUUAGAAAAAUUAGUGUCGGUGUUGAUGUUGACUAAAAGUGUUGCGUCAUGACAGAAACCUCUCACUGACAAACAAAUACAAUAAAAAUUGCGACUUGCAUAUUACGGCAACUUAGUGUAAUUUCUAUUCGGCUCGUGCGUCGUUAUUUUCGCGAUUCGGGGAGGCCGAUGUUAUUAUUUGUGAAUCGUUAUCCCGCGGUAUAAUGAGUACUGUAAGAUUGAGUAUCGUGUCUGUUGGAAGGAUCGCAGUAAGGAGAAAUUCGCAUUUGACAUCAAGUGGUGUCCAACAGUGCCGGUCGCUGCGACGCUCGUGCCCGCGCUCGCUGAGCACGGCCGCGGUGCUUUGCAAGAGUCCCACCGAGCAGCCGCCCGGCCCGCCACACCCGCCGCCACCGAAGGAUGCCGGCAAUUCAGGCACCACAUCUGGCGGCAAGAAAUCAGGGUCUGGAAACGGAGUGCUCACAUGUCCCAAGUGUGGUGAUCCAUGCACACACGUGGAGACGUUCGUCAGUUCGACACGAUUCGUGAAGUGUGACAAAUGUCACCAUUUCUUCGUGGUGCUCAGCGAGGUAGACACAAAGAAAAGUAUCAAAGAGAACGCCGAAAACAAGUCAGGAUUUUACAGGAAACCGCCACCGCCUCCCAAGAAGAUAUUCGAAUACCUGAACAAGCACGUGGUGGGGCAGGAGUACGCCAAGAAGGUGCUCUCGGUGGCCGUGUACAACCACUACAAGAGGAUUUACAACAAUGUCACCAACAGCGCGCCCAGCGACGCGCAUCCCCUCCACCAUACGCACAGAGAUCUCUUACAUUUAAGCCAUGGGAACGGCGGUGGGGGAGGCGGCACAGAAGUGCUAGAGAGGCAGCAUCACGAGCUAAAAUUGGACAAGAGUAAUGUACUGCUCCUAGGUCCCACCGGUAGCGGUAAAACACUCCUGGCGCAGACGAUAGCGCAGUGUCUGGACGUGCCGUUCGCGAUCUGCGACUGCACCACCCUCACGCAGGCCGGCUACGUCGGCGAGGACAUUGAGAGUGUCAUCGCCAAGCUGCUGCAGGACGCCAACUUCAAUGUGGAACGCGCUCAAACAGGCAUCGUGUUUCUGGAUGAAGUGGACAAGAUUGGCGCAGUGCCUGGUAUACAUCAACUGAGGGAUGUCGGAGGCGAGGGCGUCCAACAGGGCAUGCUGAAGAUGCUGGAGGGUGCAGUGGUGUCGGUGCCGGAGCGGAACUCUCGUAAACUGAGAGGCGACGCGGUGCAAGUGGACACCACCAAUAUACUGUUCGUAGCCAGCGGCGCGUACAACGGACUCGACAGGCUGGUGCAGCGGCGCAGCAACGAGAAGUACCUGGGGUUCGGCGCGUGGGACGCGCGCGCGGGGCGGCGCGCGGCGCUGCAGGCCGCCGCCGCCGACAGCUCGCCGCUCGACGCCGCGCCCGCGGAGAACCUCGAGCGCGACGCCUGGCUGCGCAAGGUGCAGGCGCGCGACCUCAUCGACUUCGGCAUGAUCCCGGAGUUCGUGGGCAGGUUCCCAGUGCUAGUUCCCUUCCACAGUCUCAACCAGGACUUGCUUGUUCGGAUACUGACAGAGCCCAAAAAUGCUAUGGUGUCGCAGUACAAGCUGCUGUUCGCGAUGGACAAGUGCGAGCUGUCGUUCAGCGACGAGGCGCUGCGCGCCGUCGCCGCGCUCGCCAUGGAGCGCAAGACCGGCGCGCGCGGCCUGCGGGCCAUCAUGGAGAGCCUGCUGCUGGAGGUGAUGUUCGAGAUCCCCGGGUCGGACAUCGCGGCCGUGCACAUCCACGACGGCUGCGUGUCGCGCGCCGAGCCGCCGCGCCUCACGCGCCGCGCGCCGCCCGAGCGAGCCGCCUGCGACUGGCCCUCGGUCCGUCUGCACAACUAAAUAUAAUGUCAAGAUAACCGUGUCUCAACCAUCUGCCACUCAAUCGUGUGCGCUAUGAGCGGGAACAAGUAUGGUGGGUACAACGAGCACAGACACGGCCGGUCGCCGGCCGCCGGCCGCCAGAUGGUGUUGAAUAGCGAAUAAUUAGUGCAAUCUGUGUUUCGUAAUGAAUCGGUUUAAUGGGCGUUCGUAGAUUGGUAUAGAGGUGAUGCGUAGUGGUCCCUCUGUCGCGCGAUAGUCGAAUUGUUGUAUUAAAAAAAAUUUCCGUUAUACCAGCCCUAAUACGUUAUGGGCCCAGGCAACUUUGUAUUACCAAUGAAAUCGCUAAUAAAGUACAUACUAUGUAAGUGAUAAUUUUGAUGUCGAAUCCCCGGUACAUUGAAACUUUAGUAAUUAUAGAAAAUAAAUUUUGUAUUUUGUUUUUGAAUUUUUCAAAUACUAUAUAGCAAAUCAUUGAAUUACAUAUUAUAAUAGAAAAAAAAAAACAUUAAAAUACAAAAUUUCAUUAUUUUUACAAGAUUUGACUUCAGGUUAGAAAACAUCCUGUUGCACUUUAAAUGUUUAAAUAACGUCAUUGGUAUCCCUUUAAAAAAAAUAUACUAAAAGGGUACCUCCAAGUUAGUAUAUAGAGAUGAAUUUCUCGUAUUUCGAUCCAUGUUUUUUAGAAAAAAAUAUUCAAUUUUACUCUUAGAACUUUUUCUUUGAAUUUCGUUUUGUUUCUUAAUAUUUGAUAAUUUGUUUAAAUUUGAAAUAAUAAGAAGGUAAUAACAAUGUUGCCAGUAUGAGGUCUCUGUUAACGAAUUCUCUCUCAUCAAAUUGUAAUAUAAUACUGUUGUUCAAACACUAAUGUUGUCUAUGCAAAAUAUUGGAAGCUGAGAAAAUAUUUAAGUAAAUGAGUUGACAAUUUCCUUUGUUACAAGAUAUUGAGGCGCGUUCCAAAAAAAAAAAAAAAUAUAUAUAUAUAUAAGUCCGCGCUCUUCAGGUGUCUCUGAUCUCUACGUCCAUAAUCUGACAACAUUAAACAUGUUCAUUCAUGCAAUUCAAAAAAACCUAAUACAUACUUGAAUAAAUAAAUAAAUUUUAUUUGGAUAUGGUAUAAACAGAGCCAAGUUUUGUCCAAUGAUAGUUCCGUGAUAGGAAAAUUACAGGCAAUUCGAUAAAAUUUGAGAGUUUGAAGUUUGAACUAGUGUGUUUAAGAGUGUUUAGAUUACAGCUGCAUUUCCAAUACGCUUAGUACUUGGUAAUUUGUAAUGAGAAAUUUGCUAUGACGUCCUAAUUUUAAUAAAAUAGGUAAAAAAGAUUCACCAGCAAUAAAAAAAUUAUUGGUAAUCGUAGUUUACAUAUUUAGUAAACCAGGCGAGAGGCCAUUUUGUUUAGUGAAUUCUACAUUACAAAAUGGCCGCGUCAAAAUUAAAAAGAAAAUUAAGUUAAAACACAAAAACUUUGUAAACUAUUUCAAAUAAAUUAGUUUACUAUUUUUUUGUGUCUUUUAUUUUAUACAUUCAAACAAUACUGCCUAAGGAACGCGCCUGAUUUUUUACAAACAGCAUUUUACAGAAAUUUGACAGUAGACGAUACUGCCUGGAAACUUAAAAAAAAAAAACUGCAGUAUCGUUAAAAAGUCAUAUUUCUAUAGCGGUAUUUGUUUCAGACAAAAGUGAUCUUACAUGUAGUUCCUUAUCAUAGUUUAUGUGAAAAAAAAAUUAAUAAUAAAAAAUUAAUAUUAUUAGAAUGUUGUAUCGUCUCCAACCACCAUACAACAUUGUUCUUGUGAUGUAAAUUACUGUAAAUAUAAUAGUAAUUAAAUAUAUAUCAUAGAAAAAUGUUUAACAUUAAGUUCUAAUGAAUAAGGUUUGUUUUCCCCAAUCUAUGUUGUAAGUACGAAAAUUUACACAAAAAAAAAGUUUGCCUGGUAUUUUUUUUUUUCUAACGGAGCUAUUCCGUUGAAAUUGACUUUUGAAACUUGUUACAACUAUUAUAUAUUAUUUUUUUAUUUAUAAACGUACAGUUGUGGUGUGAUUAUGAAGCAGGCGUCAGAAAUGUACACUUAGAAAUAUUUACAUUCGAUUUAUGAAAUGUGCAAUGAAAAUUAUUAAAAAAAAUAAGAGAUAAAGAGAAAAAGAAUUUCAAAAGUUGGAUGUUUAUAUUUUUGGGGACCACUUUUUGCUUAAAUGUGAUAAAAAAAAUGUAAUCACAUUGCAACAGGUGUAAAAUAGUAUAAGCCUAUUUUCAAAAUAAAAUAUGAUGAUAA